AUGGAAUCCGGCUCAGGCGCCAACGCCCUCGAGGCCUGGGCUGCGGCCGAGGCACGCCGCGGCCGCUCCAGGGAGCCGCGCGCCCGGGCGAAGGACGCUGCGCCAAGAAUGGCGGAGGAACGUACCAGACAGGUGCGCAGGACCUUCCGUGAGAACUGGCAAUAUCUCUCGCAGAGUCAGUCUUCGCAGGAACUGAUUGCUAAGCUGGAACAGCUGGCACAGGACGCCUUUGGCACCCCGGAGAGCCAGUUGCAGGACAUGCUGUGGCAGUUGCUGUGGACUGGCGAAGAGUUGGCGACCAAGGCCGGUGCCCCACCUGCUUCUGAGAUGCAGCUAGAGGGCCUGGACCCAUCGGAGCGCAAGGUGGUGCAUCAGCUUGCACGACUCAUUGGGUUGCACUCGGAGAGCAGGUCAGUGGGGUCAGUGGAGGAAGAGACCAGCGCAAAGGUCUUGACCUUGCGCCCUCGCUGCCAAGCGAGCUCCUGGUCUGCGCCCUUCUCCGUGGCUCAAGUGCUGAGCACCGAAGUGGUGACUGCGUGA